CAUGCCAGUAGCUCUAAAUUAGAUUAUGCAUAACCAGUCGUGCAAAACAAUGGAGCCGCCUUCUCUUCACUUGCUCUCUUGUUGCAAAACAAGGCGAGGGAUUCUUGCGUGUCUACUCACAUUGUUGCUUACAUUAUUUGGAGGUUGUUUUGUGCUCCUUAGAGAAGAUGGUACUGCUAUGAAGUACGUUAUGAAGCCACCAGAAGAACCAAGAGACGCUCUCAAGCUAUCCAUCUCAACUGAGAACAUAACUGACACAGAUGGAUCGAAUGGAGUGACUGGGUACAACACUACUGAUGCAGGGAUUGAUACUGGCCCUUCUCUUUCCUCUACAGCCAGCCUGCACGUAGACUAUGACAGAUAUGGUGAUCAAUUCGAAUACUUUCCUCCUAGGGGAAGAGUCAGAAGGAAGAAGAAAAGAAAGCACACUCAUCAUAGUCCUACAUUAGUAGAUCAUCCUUGGACGAGCCCUAAAAAUGACAAUAUUUCUAUGUAUGCUCACAGAUUCCCUCAUUAUUUCAUCAUUGGUUUUGCAAAGACCGGUACAAAAGCACUUUAUGAACUGCUUAAAAUGCACCCUCAGCUUGAUGGGCCGAGACGAGAAAUGAGAUAUUUCAGUAGUGGACAGAUCCAAAAUUUAACAAGCUAUCUCUCUCGGUUCCCUCCUCCCCCUGCUCAAGGGUACACUAUUGAGAAGAGCCCAGACUACAUUCUCUCUCCAUUGCCUGCCGUAAGGCUUAAGAAAGCAGCUAUUGAGAGUGGAGUAGAGACCUCAAGCUUGAAAUUUAUAGUGAUGUUUCGUAACCCGGUCGUGAGGAGUGUAUCAGAUUAUUUAGAGAUGGUUUCGUGGAGCUACAUGAAUAGAAAACCAGCUCUACCUCCAUUUGACAUGAUGGUGCUAUCACCUGAUAGCAGGGUUGAUGACAGUCUUAAUAUCAUUAAUUCGAGUUGCUACAGUUAUCAUUUGAAGCAAUGGUUUAACAUCUUCGGCAAGGAUCAGUUCUGCUUUGUAAAUGGAGAUCAAUUCAUUACAGAUCCUUACACAGAAGCAAAGGCAUUGGAGGAAUGUCUUCACUUAAACUCUUUCUUUACCAAGAAAAACUUUGUUUUCAAUAAAAAGAGGAAAUUCUAUUGUUUUAAAACAUCGAAUGCUCCUAUGUGUAUGAGUGGAGCAAAGGGAAGGAAGCAUCCGUUUGUGAGUGAGGAAGUGGUUACUACACUGAAAGACUACUUCAGAGCAUACAAUGAAGAACUCUAUUCUCUUAUCAGUAGAAGUUUUGAUUGGGAAAGUAGCAUGAAAUCUUAAUAAAUAUGUUCAAAAACAAUCUGUUUGUACAGCAAAA